AUGACAAAACGGUUAGGUGAUGGAACGUUUGGAGAAGUAAUGUUGGCCAAAAAAAUUGAUACGGGAGACAGAGUUGCAAUUAAAAGAAUGAAAAAGAAGUUCUACAGUUGGGAGGAGGCUAUGAGUCUACGAGAAGUGAAGUCAUUGAAAAAACUCAAUCAUCCAAAUAUUAUUAAGUUAAGAGAGGUGAUCCGUGAAAACGACAUUCUCUAUUUCGUUUUCGAGUUUAUGCAAGAAAACCUGUACGAACUGAUGAAAGAUCGUGACCGAUAUUUUCCUGAAUCAGUAAUCCGUAACAUAAUCUAUCAAGUUCUGCAAGGACUGUCAUUCAUGCACAAAAAUGGAUUCUUCCAUCGAGACAUGAAACCAGAGAAUAUAAUGUGCAACGGAACUGAGCUCGUCAAAAUUGCGGAUUUCGGGCUAGCCAGAGAGAUUCGUUCAAAACCUCCGUAUACCGAUUACGUGUCGACAAGAUGGUACCGGGCGCCGGAAAUUCUUCUCAGAUCGACUUCUUAUAAUUCACCAAUCGAUAUUUGGGCGUUGGGAUGUAUUAUGGCAGAGUUGUAUAUGCUUCGACCGCUUUUCCCGGGUACAUCAGAAAUGGAUCAGUUGUUCAAGAUUAUUUCGAUACUAGGCACGCCGAAUAAGGACGAGUGGACGGAAGGUUACCAACUAGCCUCUGCUAUGAACUUCCGUUUCCAACAAGUCGUCGCUACUCCUAUGGAACAGGUUGUCAACACGAUAAGUAAAGAAGGAAUGAAAUUAAUGAUGGAUAUGAUGUUAUGGAACCCAGAGAAACGACCAAACGCUAAUCAAAGUCUUCGUUACAAAUAUUUCCAAGUUGCUGAGAAAUUGGGAGCACCGGUUGUGAGUCAACCGGCGCCUGGAAGUAUCAGAAAGACGAGUGCUGCGUCUGUCAAGAGUGAUACAAAGGCGAUGACGGCAAAAGCGGCAAAGAAAGAAUACGUUGGUUCUGAAAAUGUGUCCCCUCAACAACCAACUAAAAUCAUCGAACGUCAUGCAAACCGGAAUCUACCACUGAAGGAUACACUAUUUGAAAAAUCCGACACUAAACCACUGGCUCCUGCGAAAACCAACGAAGCGAAACCGACAGCUAAGGAAAUUUAUCUCUCAAAAAGCAAAUAUGUCCCCGGUCAAGUAUCAAAAGACACAUCUGCCCAUCAGAAUCAAAUAAUGACCAACAAUGGACUGACCGGAACAACCAAAACAACAUCAUUCAGUGCGAAGAAAGAGGGUCGAACGGCAGUUCAGACAAGGUUCGAGUAUGCGUACGGUUACAUCCCAAACUUCGGAGCAAGACAGACGGUGCCUGCCAAUAAUCACUCAUACAGUGCCAACAACACGAAUAAUCAUCAUUCCACGUCACCAAACAAGUUGACGAAUACGGGUCGAGUCGAUUGGGCGUCUAAGUGA